AUGAGUUACAUUACCCGCCGGGCCCUUUCGACCCUUAUCCCUCCCAAGAUUGCCUCGCCAUCUGGACUUGGCGCUGCCACAGAUGCUGCCCGCAUGCAACGCGUGGUGAGCUUCUACGAGAAGCUUCCCCGAGGCGCAGCUCCAGAGGUCAAGCCUAAGGGCCUUGUGGGCAGAUACCAAGCGAAGUACUUCGGGAAGAACCCUUCUGCUACCCCCAUCAUCCACGCCAUCGUUGCCGUCCUCGCCAUCAGUUACGCUAACGCCUACUACUUCCACCUGCGCCACCACAAGAACAACGCCCAUUAG